AUUCUUUCUCUCCUUUCUCAUCAGGAGCUUUGCCCAGUGCUUCCCAUUUCAUCCGUGCUCGCCCAAGGCAGAAGCUGCCCUUACUGCUCCUCCGGCCCCUCAGCAAGAGUGGCCACACACCUGAGUCACCAUGGGCAAGAUGGACAACCCCUCUGUGGAGCUGAACUCUCCCUCCGAGGUGAAGCAGGCAGCCCUGGAGGAGCCAGAGCCCGUCACCCCUGAGGUUGUGAGCACCAAGAAGAAGAAGAAGGAGCUCCCAGACAGAGGUUCCUGGAAGGGGAAAUUUGACUUCUUGCUGUCCUGUGUGGGCUACGCUAUCGGUCUGGGCAACGUCUGGCGCUUCCCUUAUCUCUGUGGCAAGAAUGGAGGAGGGGCCUUCCUCAUCCCCUAUUUCCUGACGCUGGUGUUUGCUGGGAUUCCUCUCUUCCUUCUGGAGACUGCUCUGGGCCAGUAUACCUCUGUUGGUGGACUGGGAGUCUGGAGGUUGGCACCCAUGUUUAAAGGAGUGGGACUGGCAGCUAUGGUUCUCUCCUUCUGGCUGAACAUCUACUACAUUGUCAUCAUUGCCUGGGCUCUCUACUAUCUCUUCAACUCUUUCACUGCAGACCUGCCAUGGCAGAACUGUGGGAAUGCCUGGAACACCGACCGCUGCUUCUCCAACUACUCCCUGAAUGACACCACCAACCUCACCAGCGCCGUCACUGAGUUCUGGGAGAGGAACAUGCACCAGAUGUCGGGGGGCCUGGGGGAGCCCGGCUCUGUCCGCUGGCCCCUGGCCGGCACACUGGCCCUGGCCUGGCUGCUGGUCUACUUCUCCAUCUGGAAGGGUGUGGAGUGGACAGGCAAGGUUGUGUAUUUCUCGGCCACCUAUCCCUACUUCAUGCUUUUCAUCCUCUUAUUCCGUGGAGUCACUCUGCCGGGAGCCAAGGAGGGGAUCCUCUUCUACCUCACGCCUGACUUUAGAAAGCUCUCCGACUCCGAGGUCUGGAUGGAUGCAGCCACACAGAUCUUCUUCUCUUAUGGCCUGGGGCUGGGGUCCCUGAUUGCUCUGGGGAGCUACAACACUUUCCACAACAAUGUCUACAGAGACUCCAUUAUUGUCUGUUGUAUAAACUCCACUACAAGUGUAUUUGCUGGAUUUGUUAUUUUCUCCAUCAUUGGCUUCAUGUCACACAUCACGAAGAAGUCAGUCUCAGAGCUGGCCUCCUCAGGCCCCGGACUGGCUUUUCUCGCCUACCCACAGGUUGUCACACAGCUGCCCCUGUCACCUCUCUGGUCAGUCCUCUUCUUCUCCAUGCUGAUGAUGUUGGGUCUGGAUAGUCAGUUCUGCACGGUGGAAGGGUUCAUUACAGCCCUGAUGGAUGAGUAUCCUCAUCUCCUAAGAGCCAGGAAGAAGAUCUUCAUCGCAGUGGUCUGUUUCAUCUCUUAUCUCAUUGGAUUCUCCAACAUCACCCAGGGUGGCAUUUAUGUUUUCAAGCUGUUUGAUUACUACUCAGCCAGUGGCAUGUGUCUUCUCUUUCUUGUCUUCUUUGAGACCAUCUCAAUUUCUUGGUGUUAUGGUGUGAACAGGUUUUACAGGAACAUCGAAGAAAUGAUUGGCUACAAGCCUUGCAUCUGGUGGAAGAUCUGCUGGGCCUUCUUCACACCUCUUGUCUGCCUGGGUGUGUUCUUCUUCAGUGUGGUGGAAAUGACCCCUCUGACAUUGGGAAAAUAUGUCUAUCCUGCGUGGGGACAAGGCCUUGGUUGGCUUAUGGCUCUGUCCUCCAUGGUACUGAUUCCAGGAUACAUGCUGUACUCUUUCUUCACCUCAAAGGGGACUCUCCGGCAGCGUUUGCAGCAGAUGACACAGCCCAAAGCAGAGGUGCAUGUGCAGAACAACGGCCUCCAGCCAAAGACAUCCUUGAAUGGGAGGAUCUCAGAUGCCACCGUCUAGGAGGAAAGCCUGAACAUCCUCGCCCUGUCCCAUAGCUGCUCGCUCCACAUUGUCCCUCGAGCUCCUCCGGCACAGCUUCAUAUCCCUGGCUCCAUGAUGGCUUUCACUUGUUGAAGAGGGGACCAGGAGGAGGAACCUGCUUGUGUCCCUCCUGGCCUGGCUUACCAAGGUGUUGAACAAGCGGGUCACUGCACACCGGGGCGUUGUGCAGUGACCGUCUUCAUCCUGCAGCAUCCUGGUCCAGGCUCUCAGGGAGGAGCAGCCGGUGCCCACGCCUUCCUCCUCCCGAGCAGAGGUGAUGUCUCUAGAGAGCUUAGACUGACUGUUGUCCACUUCUUUGCUUUUCUUGCCUUUCCAUGUGCAACUCUGCAGAGCAUCCCCCAGCACACAGCUGUGCUUUCACCCCACAGAUCUUGCUGACACUGGGUUCAAAUCGCAGGUGGCUGUUGAUUUAUGGAGCAUAAACCAACACUAACAAACAACUGGAGGGGAUGUGCAGAACAAAGGAUACUAGUGCAGAACAAGGGAUUCUAGUGAGGAGUCCAGCAUGCUGGUAGCUGUAGGACACCACCUCAAAACUGGAGAAGGGCUUAAGGACAAUGUGUGCUGCUCACAGGUGCCAGGUUUCAGCCCUGCACAGUCUCCAGCUGUGUUCCCUGCAUCCAUUGGGGCUGGCCCUGUGAGUCAAAGCCCUGCAGAGCAGGCAGCCUUUCUCUUCUGGAGCAUUCUGCCCUCUGCAGAUCUGUGUAGUAGCUAGUCCCUGACCCUAAAAUGCAGUUAAAAGGGUAAGUGAAGGGCUCUUUGCUAGAGGCUGUCCGAAUCUCCUACAUGAUCACUCUCUGCUACAAACAGCUUUGUGCAGAGGCAAGAGGUCCACCAUGUGAUUGAGAGAUUUUCCAGCACUCCCCCCAGCCAAUCUCCCACCAGCUGGAAAAAGGUAGUUCUUGCCAAACACCUGCCCUGUCUGCAUCCCUGGGUGGGAAAUAAUAAGAUGUAGCAUAGUGCCCAUGGAUGGUUUAGUUUACACCUUUUCUGUGAAGUGGCAACACCUAAAUCCCAGGAGCUCCUGAGGCAAUUGGUAGGAUGUAGCCCCCAUGCUUAAACCCACCCCUGUGAACCAGUGCUGAUGUCCCAUGGGAAGUAUCUGUACAGCCUGCUGCUGGCAUUGGCACAUCCCAACUCCCAACACACACCACAGGAGACAGUGAGCUGGUGUAGAUGAUGCUGGAGGAGGGUAACACCACAGAGAAGGCUGGGAAGUAUUUCAGAGCAGUCCUAAAGCAGCAACAUAUUUUUUGGUUAUAAAGCCUUGUGAAAGGAGGUGUCUCAUCAUAGCACCAUGUGUAGAUGUGACAGUGAUGUUCCCAUUUGUGCCAGCUGCCCAAUGACCCCAUGCAGGGAUACCUGUGUUCUCAGAGCAUUUGAAGAGCACCCACCACACGUGCACACAUGGUGUGACAGUGCAGAUUAGUCUCUCCCCACACAUAACACAGCACUGGCACUGCUCACACUCCCAGGUUCAGCUCAGAAUCAACAAACUCAGAAAUGAGCAUCCAAGAAAAGCUGUAUCCCACCCACACUUCCUACUGAAGAGUCUGGUCUCAUAAGUGACACGGUGCAGUCCCCUCGAGGUCCCACCUCAGGUGCCAGCUGAGUGAUGAGCCUUUGCACAGUUGUCCUGCACUCCGACAGCAGCUGCAAAAUGCUGCAGGUUGGCCCUGUGCUGCCUGUCCCUGGGACCUGCCAGUGCACGGGGCCAACCUGCUCUUCUGCCAGUCUUCCAGCCUCUGCCAGCCUGAGGAUCAGUAACAGAAAGAGGAAAGUUUUCUAGUUAAAGCUGAAGUCAGUCACCUUUGGGGGUGGGUCCCCUGCCAACUUGCCAAUGCAUCUCAAUUAAUGUUGUUUCAGAUAUGUAACCCAUUUUUGUUUGUACACGUGGCUCUUAGUGGCUGUGGCUGCCAGGCCUUGAGUGUGUGUUCUGUGGUCUCCAACACCCCGAGCUGGGAUCACGCCCUGUUCCAUGUGUAAUCAGUCGGGUGUUUGCGUCAAAAAAAUCACAGCUGUUAAACAGACAUGAGGAAACACCGAAUUUGCAGGCUUGAUCUCGUAAAGCCGAAAGCCAAACACUGAGAGCUGCAAUCAUAGCUCAUCACAAUUAAUCUCAGCCCGUCACAGACAUGUCAUCUUUCCUUGUCCCUUAUUUGUCUGCACUAGUACAGCUGAAAAUUUCUAUUCCAAUUUCACCUAUUUUUAUGAACCGGGGCAGUAAAGGAAACCACUCUUUAUAAGAAGAGGGACAUCUGUGUUGAAAAUAAAUGUUAAACCUCUGAUCUUUGUAGUAACGACCUUUACUAGACACCUACUUUUGUCUGUACAUCGCAUAACCUCCCUCCCCUCAAAUGCAGACUGAGGGUUGCACAGGCAGGUGAUGGACAGAGGAGUCAGUUCUUGAGAGAGGCCUUGAAAUCGUGGAAGACCUUGUUUUAUUCCAACUUCAUUGGGACAGCUCAGGUCUGAGGCAGAACAAAAUCAGUGUCAGGGGUAAUUUUUUAAACGCUUGGCCAAAGAGCUUAAUUGCUGUUCAAAGGUUGUUCAGAGCUGUUCAAAGGUUGUUCCUCUGAGGGAGUGGAGAAGGAAGGGUCAAGAAAACAAACUCCUUUUCCUGGUUGUUGAGAAAAUCUCUAACCCCCCAGUUCCUGUUUGCUAGGAUUUUAGCCCCAGCAUCUCUCUGACUUGUGGUCUUGCCUGUGGCACAUCAUUCCAGGUGUAGCAGCAGGGGCUGCCCUAUGCAUGGACUGCUCAUAAUAAUAUUUGUUGAGAUUUAACCAUUUGUUUAGUUUUCUGCCUGGGACCUUCUCCUUUGCUCUCCCUCCUGCACUUCUCUGUUUUGUUUUCUUUUCUCACUUCUUCCCCACUAUCAUACAUCCAGUGGAAAUAAUCUACCUCACCUUGCUUCUUCCUGCUUUUUCAGUUCCACUACUGUAAAAUUACAGCUCUCCCUCCUUUCACUUCUCCUUUCUGUUCUUUCCUCAUUUCUAUCUCUUUCUAUUAACACCAGCCUCUCUUUCCUGUUUCUCUCAUGUGCUCUCCCUCCAUCCUUAUUACUCAUUCCUGUGUGCUGUGGCUCAGCUGGUCACCGUGUGCAUACUCAACCCUUCUGCUCAUUGAAAACUGGAGUUCAGGACCCUAUGGAGGAACUCACCUUUUUGCAGCAUCCAGUCCCUAAGAAGCAAUUUCUACCCCAAUAUCAAAAUUGUAACGAAGUUCCAGCUACCUUUUCCUCCUCUUUUCACCAGAAAGUGGUGCCAAGCAAUGCUAUCUCUCAGUAUUACUAGAAAGAUAUUUUGACCCACAUUCCACCAGUCCACAGAGCUGUGCCUGUUCUUAAAGAUUUUGUGGCCUUUCCUGUUUUUGCACAAUUUUAUUUCCACCAUGAAUCCUUGGAUCUGUGAAGUCUAGCAUGUGUAACUUUGCAGGUAGGAAUCUGUCCUUAGUCAAGCUCUAUCUGGUUGACUGAUCCCCUUCUCCAGCAUUUCAAACUCAUCCUUAGCGCUAGCAGAGCCUUCCCACCUUCCUCACACACAGGUUUCCCAUCUAGUGAGAGGUCAGGGAUGGUGAUGGCUUCCCUUUAACUCUGAAAUGCCACUUCUGAAAUGCCACUAUGGCCAGGUCCAGCAAAGCAGCCAUAUCUGCACGUUGUCUUUUUGACAUCAGGCUUUGGAUACUGAUUGCUCCAUGCCAGUGACUCCUCUGUAAGAACUGCUUUUGUGCUGUUCCCAUGGCGUGUCACUUCUGCUGACCACCCCUCUGCUCCUCAUUCCUUUUGACUCACCCAGAAGAGAGGAUGCAUACAUAGCCAGGAGGUGGGAUGCUCCCCUCUCCCCUCUGCUGUGGUUCAAAUGGGGACUUUGCUCCCCUGUGCUUAUGUACAGAACUCCUGCCUUUUGUCUGCCCCCUCACCUCCCCAGCACCUGCCAGCCUCUCCCUCCCACCACGGGUAGCUGCUUGAAAUAAUCCUCUGUGAAACCUCUUAAUUCUAAAGAGCUAUUUAGGGAGCUGUGCUCAAAUCCCUCUGAAAUCCUCUUUUUCCUGAGGGCUGCAAAAUACAAAAUAAAUACCACUGCCCCUCUGCUGCAGUGGGGGCUGAGGUGGGCCAUGGGGACAGCAGGAUUGUUUCAUUGCUGCUCAGGUGCUGCUUCCCCUGGAGUUCCAGGUGUGAUCCUCUCCCCUGGGAGAGGGGAGCUCUUCCUGCUGCCAUUCUCCCAGAUGUGCUCCAAGAGCUGGCAGCUGGCAGCUGGUUGUAAAACGCGUGUGCAAUGUCUGUGACAUGAUCCUGGUGCCGUGUAAGGCUGCACUGUAAGGCUUUGGCCAGUUGACCACCAUGUAGACUGUAGUCUUUCCACAGCUCUGUUAAAUGAUGUGUUGGGCACAGCUGUGCUGAGCAUCAGAGAGUGCUCUUAAAGCAGGUGUCAUUCUGGAUGAGCAACUUGUCCUUAUCUCUUGUCUGUCCCGAGGGGAGUCUCUCGGGAUUGGAGGAUCCUGGUUGCAUUUGGUGAUGGCCAAAUGGGGAGGGGGUCUGCACCACCAAGAGGCAUGUCCACUGUGGUUUUGCUUGUACUGAGGGCUACCAGCUUGUACCAAGCACUGCCUGCUUUUCU